GACAGUUCCAACGACCUGUGUACACAAAUUACUGGUGGCACAGAUAAAGAAACACAAUUCCUGUAAAUAAUUGCUUGAGAUGUGCAAAGCAAUGACUUAAUCGCGACUAAAAAGCGAGCGAUGUGAUUAACCAACGAAUUGGACUACGAAAACGCCCGCAAGAUGGCCGACACUUACUGCCUGACGAACUUUAUUGAUUUUUCGCUGUCGCUGUCGCUGCCGCUGAAACACCACAAUCGCAUCAAGUACACCUGCUUCGACAUCUCCGACAGCUAUAUCAUAUUCGGGGCCUCAUCCGGAUCGCUGUAUCUGUUCAAUCGGAACGGCAAGUUUCUGCUCUUGAUACCGAACAAACAUGGAGCAAUCACUAGCCUCAGCAUUUCGGCAAACAGCAAAUAUGUGGCUUUUGCGACCCAACGUUCGCUUAUCUGUGUGUACGCCGUGAAUUUGUCCGCCCAGGCCACGCCGCAGGUGAUCUUCACGCACCUGGACCAGUCCGUGCAGGUGACCUGCAUCCACUGGACGCAGGAUGAGAAGCAGUUCUACUAUGGCGACUCCCGCGGACAGGUCAGCCUCGUGCUGCUCUCCUCGUUCAUCGGACACAGUCUGCUGUUCAACAUGACAGUGCAUCCGCUGCUCUACCUAGACUCUCCCAUCGUACAAAUCGACGAUUUUGAGUCCCUACUGCUGGUGUCCAACUGCUCCAAGUGCAUUCUGUGCAACACAGAGUACGAGGAGUACAAACAAAUUGGUAACCGUCCGCGGGAUGGAGCCUUUGGCGCCUGCUUCUUUGUUUCUCCGCAGGAGUCUUUGCAGCCAUCUCGGAUCUACUGCGCCCGACCAGGCAGUCGUGUGUGGGAGGUGGACUUUGAGGGCGAGGUGAUACAGACGCACCAGUUCAAGAGCGCCCUAGCCACCGCACCUGCCAGGAUUCAGCGACCUGGUAGCGGCACAGACGAACUGGACGCCAAUGCCGAGCUGCUGGACUAUCAGCCGCAGAAUCUACAGUUCGCUAAGGUCCAAAAGUUGAACGAGGACUUCCUGCUGGCCUAUACAGAGCUGGGACUAUAUGUGUUUGAUAUUCGACGAUCGGCGGUGGUGCUGUGGUCCAAUCAGUUCGAGAGGAUCGCCGACUGCCGCUCCUCGGGUUCGGAGAUCUUUGUGUUUACGCAGUCUGGCGCGCUUUAUAGUGUCCAGCUGCAGACGCUGCAGUCGCACGCAGUUUCUCUGAUACAACAAUCCAAAUUGCUGCCUUGCGCCAAUCUACUUCGCCAGCAUGUCCGAUAUUUUGCGGACAAGGCUCGUGAGGAUUACGAGCUAAAGCAGUUAAAUCCACUGAAACAGCACCUCAUCGAGAGGCAGGAGUACGAGCUGCUGAACGAUAUAUCCGUGAUAUUUGAUGCCAUAACUCAGUGCACAGGCAGUGCUUUGGAUACGCACAGUUCGGGAGGCAGUUCGGCCACCACUGAACGGAGUUUGAGCGGAGGAAGUUCAUCGAGAGCUCCGCCAAAGGGAGUGUACGUGCUGGAAAACGCAUUUUGUGACAACUUGAAGCAGCCUCUCAAAACGGGCCACUUCAAGGAUGCCCUGCUGACGGUAACUGGUAAAUUCGGCAAGAACAUCAUAAAGUACAAGUUCAAUAUUUUCGCCGAGGAACAGCAGCAGUUGGUCAGAGAACUAAUUCCAGCCAGCGAGCGUUCUCUACCCUUCAAGGACAUCAAAGCACGCUACGAGUCGGGAAGCGAGGACCAGGAGGAGGAAAUUGUAAAGCGCUGUAAAAAGCCGGUACCCCAGGCCCCACACAUCAGUCCCGAGGAGAAGACCCUUUACAACCUCUACCUGAUCGCCAAGAGCGCCAAGUUUAGCCGGACGCAGUGCGUCGAUCGCUAUCGAGGUGUCUUCGACGAGUAUGCUGCUGGAGAGCUGGUGAAUCUGCUCGAGAAACUAGCCCAGGUGAUGGUGGAGCAUGGUGAUACGCCUGACCAAGCGCAACGCCACUGCUACGAGAUGUAUUUCGAUUACCUGGAUCCGGAGAUGAUCUGGGAGGUGGACGAUGCUACGCGGGAUCACAUAGCUGCCGGCUUUGUGCUGCUCAAUGCCCCGGAAAAUGCAGAGAUUGUGAAGUGUGAGCAUUGCUCGUUCCCACUUCGCUUUGAUACCUCCUGCCAGUAUCAUGAGCUUGGAGCAGUGCUCCUACGUUAUUUCUGGUCCCGUGGAGAGCAACUUAAGUGCUUCGAUGUGGUUCAAUCCGUGCCGGCACUAUUAGACGUGUUAGCCAAAUUCUACUUGGCCGAACAGAACCUCACCAAGGUGGUGGCCAUCGUCCUCAACUACGGGCUGCCGGAACUACUGGCGGACGUGGGCAAGCAACUGAGCGUUGGCGCAUGGGGUCGCUGCUUUGAACAGUUCGUGGAACUGCAACGCGGCGGGCGACUGGUGUGCGCCAAUUGCGAGUGCAUCUCUGGCGUGGAACAGGAGCAGUUGGGUCGGCAUUUCUUCUACAACUGGAAUUGUUUCCUCAACAUCGCAUUGGACCACAUGUCCGCCGGGGAUACGUUGGCGCUGAUCUUCAAGUGGAGCUCAUACAUUCCAAACGACGCUAUCGACCGGGAGUUCUACUCCCGCUGCCUGCUCAAGGGCUAAACGAUCUGGAUAAUAUUAUAUAUACAUACAUACGAUUAUAGCCAUAUUUAUUGUUCCACUAACUAAUCUCAAGCUAAGGCCAAUACCAAAAGCAUUUAUUCUAUAUAAACAUGUACACCCACAAUAUGUAUAUUCUAAAGACGGAAGUGCAUGAAUAUAUUCCAGAGUUUGAAA